CCAGAGAGCGGAGCGGACGAGCUCGCUCUGCCUCGUCUUACCCGCUUCACGAGAAGCAGCGGCGGCGGUGGCGGCAGCCCCUGGGAAGGUUUUAAACCGGCAUCAUGGCUCAUUCAAAGACUCGAGCCAAUGAUGGAAAAAUUACUUACCCACCGGGCGUCAAGGAAAUAUCUGAUAAAAUUUCUAAAGAAGAGAUGGUACGGCGGUUAAAAAUGGUUGUCAAAACAUUCAUGGAUAUGGACCAGGACUCUGAGGAAGAAAAGGAGCUCUAUCUAAAUCUUGCUUUACAUCUUGCCUCUGAUUUUUUCCUUAAGCAUCCUGAUAAAGAUGUACGCUUGCUCGUAGCUUGUUGUCUUGCUGAUAUUUUUAGAAUAUAUGCUCCUGAAGCACCAUAUACUUCACCAGAUAAACUUAAGGAUAUAUUUAUGUUCAUAACAAGACAAUUGAAAGGAUUAGAAGAUACAAAAAGUCCACAGUUCAAUAGAUAUUUUUAUUUGCUUGAGAACAUUGCGUGGGUUAAAUCUUACAACAUAUGCUUUGAACUCGAAGAUAGCAAUGAAAUUUUCACACAAUUGUACAGAACAUUGUUUUCUGUAAUCAACAAUGGUCAUAAUCAAAAGGUUCAUAUGCAUAUGGUGGAUUUGAUGAGCUCUAUAAUUUGUGAAGGUGAUACAGUGUCUCAGGAGCUUUUGGAUACAGUUUUAGUUAACCUGGUGCCUGCACAUAAGAACUUAAACAAACAAGCAUAUGACUUGGCAAAGGCUUUACUGAAGAGGACGGCCCAAGCUAUUGAACCAUACAUUACUAAUUUCUUUAAUCAAGUGCUUAUGUUAGGAAAAACGUCUAUCAGUGAUCUCUCGGAGCAUGUUUUUGACUUAAUUCUGGAGCUAUACAAUAUUGAUAGUCAUCUUUUACUAUCAGUUUUGCCACAGCUUGAAUUUAAACUAAAGAGCAAUGACAAUGAAGAACGCCUGCAGGUUGUAAAAUUACUAGCAAAAAUGUUUGGGGCUAAGGAUUCAGAGUUGGCAUCUCAAAACAAACCACUUUGGCAGUGUUAUUUGGGGAGGUUUAAUGAUAUCCAUGUACCUAUCCGUCUUGAAUGUGUGAAAUUUGCUAGUCACUGCCUUAUGAACCAUCCAGAUCUAGCAAAAGAUUUAACAGAAUACCUUAAAGUAAGGUCUCAUGACCCCGAAGAAGCUAUCAGGCAUGAUGUUAUUGUAUCAAUAGUUACUGCUGCUAAGAAAGAUCUUUUGCUCGUCAAUGACCAUCUUCUUAACUUUGUGAGAGAGCGAACGCUUGACAAACGGUGGAGAGUGAGAAAAGAAGCAAUGAUGGGACUUGCACAGAUAUACAAGAAGUACUCCUUGCAGUCAGAAGCUGGAAAAGAAGCUUCAAAACAAAUUGCCUGGAUAAAGGACAAGCUGCUGCAUAUAUAUUAUCAAAACAGUAUUGAUGAUCGACUGCUGGUGGAACGCAUAUUUGCUCAGUAUAUGGUCCCUCACAAUUUGGAAACAAACGAAAGAAUGAAAUGUUUAUACUACCUUUACGCAACCCUGGAUUCAAAUGCUGUUAAGGCAUUGAAUGAAAUGUGGAAAUGUCAAAAUCUGCUGCGGCACCAAGUAAAGGAUAUGGUUGACUUAAUCAAGCAACCCAAAACAGAUGCCAGUAGUAAAGCUAUAUUUUCAAAAGUGAUGGUAAUAACAAGAAACUUGCCAGAUCCUGGCAAAGCACAAGAUUUCAUGAAGAAAUUCACACAAGUUCUUGAAGAUGAUGACAAAAUUAAGCACCAGCUGGAAACACUUGUUAGCCCAACGUGUUCAUGCAAACAAGCUGAAGGAUGUGUGCGAGAAAUUACAAAGAAGCUCGGAAAUCCCAAGCAACCUACAAACCCAUUUCUGGAAAUGAUAAAGUUCCUGCUGGAGAGGAUAGCCCCUGUGCACAUUGAUACAGAAUCUAUCAGUGCCCUAAUUAAACAAGUGAACAAAUCUAUAGAUGGAACGGCAGAUGACGAGGAUGAAGGUGUACCGACUGAUCAGGCAAUCAGGGCAGGUCUUGAGUUGCUUAAGGUGCUUUCGUUUACACACCCUAUCUCAUUCCAUUCAGCUGAAACCUUUGAAUCCCUCCUGGCUUGUCUGAAAAUGGAUGAUGAAAAGGUGGCUGAAGCUGCGCUGCAAAUUUUCAAGAACACGGGAGGCAAAAUUGAAGAGGAUUUCCCACACAUCAGAUCUGCUUUGCUUCCAGUUUUGCAUCAUAAAGCUAAGAAAGGACCACCUCGCCAGGCCAAGUAUGCUAUUCACUGCAUCCAUGCAAUAUUUUCCAGUAAAGAAACACAAUUUGCACAGAUAUUUGAGCCUCUGCAUAAGAGUCUAGAUCCAACCAACCUUGAACAUCUGAUCACACCUCUGGUUUCCAUCGGCCACAUAGCCUUGUUGGCACCUGAUCAAUUUGCUGCCCCAUUAAAGACUUUGGUGGCCACCUUUAUUGUUAAAGACUUGUUAAUGAAUGACAGGAUGCCAGGUAAAAAGACAACUAAGCUCUGGGUGCCAGAUGAAGAGGUUUCUCCUGAGACACUUGCAAAGAUCCAGGCCAUCAAGAUGAUGGUUCGAUGGUUGAUAGGAAUGAAGAACAACCUCAGUAAAUCAGGAACUUCUACCCUGAGGUUGUUAUCAACAAUAUUGCACAGUGAUGGAGACCUGACAGAACAAGGGAAAAUUAGCAAACCUGAUAUGUCUCGUCUGAGGCUAGCUGCUGCGAGUGCUAUUGUGAAGCUAGCCCAGGAGCCUUGUUAUCAUGAAAUCAUUACGUUAGAACAGUACCAGCUGUGUGCAUUAGCUAUUAAUGAUGAAUGUUACCAGGUUAGGCAAGCAUUUGCUCAGAAACUUCAUAAAGGUCUAUCAAGGCUACGGUUGCCACUAGAGUAUAUGGCGAUAUGUGCACUGUGUGCAAAAGACCCCGUAAAAGAGAGAAGAGCGCAUGCGAGACAAUGCCUUGUGAAAAACAUCAACGUGAGAAGGGAAUAUCUGAAGCAGCAUGCAGCAGUUAGCGAAAAACUCUUGUCGCUUUUACCAGAGUAUGUUGUUCCAUAUACUAUCCAUCUUCUGGCUCAUGAUCCCGAUUAUGUCAAAGUUCAAGAUAUCGAACAACUGAAAGAUAUUAAAGAGUGUCUUUGGUUCAUAUUAGAAAUAUUGAUGUCUAAAAAUGAAAAUAAUAGUCAUGCAUUUAUCAGAAAAAUGGUAGAAAACAUUAAACAGACAAAGGAUGCUCAAGGACCUGAUGACCCAAAAAUGAAUGAAAAACUUUACACAGUGUGUGAUAUAGCAAUGAACAUCAUAAUAUCAAAGAGCACAACAUAUAGUUUGGAAUCGCCCAAAGACCCUGUACUUCCAGCUCGGUAUUUCACUCAACCUGACAAGAAUUUCAGUAAUACCAAAAACUAUCUUCCUCCAGAAAUGAAAUCAUUUUUCACACCAGGAAAGCCCAAAGCUGCCAAUGUUCUUGGAGCAGUUAAUAAGCCUCUUUCGUCAGCUGGCAAGCAGUCUCAGUCCAAAUCUUCACGAAUGGAAACCGUAAGCAACGCCAGCAGUAAUUCAAAUCCAUCCUCACCUGGAAGAAUCAAAGGGAGACUUGAUAGUACUGAAAUGGACCACAGCGAAAAUGAAGACUAUACAAUGGCUUCGCCUUUGCCAGGAAAGAAGAAUGACAAGAGAGAUGAUUCUGAAAUUUCAGAUCUGGAAAAGCCCAGAGGAAGGAAGAAAAUCAUCACAGACUCAGAAGAAAAGUUGGGUAUAGAUGACCUGAAUAAACUGGGACAAGAACCAAAACUUAGGAGUGGUCAGCGUGGGAGGAAAAGAGCAGCGGCCAUUUCAGAGUCUGAGGAACCUCAGUGGUCAGAGGAAAAGAGACUAAAGGAAGAUGUGCUAGAAAGUGAAGAUGAGCAAAAUAGCCCGCCAAAGAAGGGAAGAAGAGGGCGACCUCCCAAGGCUGCUACGCAAAAGGAAGAGCCAGCAGUAAAGACUCCUAAAAGAGGUAGGAAAAAAGCCACCCCAGUUAAACCUGUAGAGGAAGAGGAGGAGGAGGAAGAGGAGGAGGAGGAGGAAGAAAGGCAAAAUAUCGAGCAGAAGCCAAAAGGUCGGCAGUACAAGACACCAAGGAAAGCACAACAGAGGUCUGAAUCAUCUGAAAUAAGUACAGCUGAAUCGAACCAAUCUACACCACAGAAAAGGCGAGGGAGACCACCAAAAACACCACCGUUGCAGCAGAAAAAAGGAAGAGCUGGACGGUCAAAGCAAAUAGCAAGUAAAGAAAAUGAAUCAACUGAAGAGAUGGAUGUAUUUCAAAGUAGUUCCCCUGUUCAGGACAUUCCCCAAGAAGUAACAAUGGAGGAAGAGGAAGUUUCUACAGUCAGAGUGAGCCGGAGAACAUCCAAAAGGGAAAGGCGAUGAACAAUCCGCGUUCCCAGCCUUUGAAGUGAAGUCUUUUUGAAGAAUGCUCUUAUUAUGCAUAGUUUCAGGCUGAAGGAAGCUGUUGGUGCUCAGAAUGGGGUUGCUGAAGGAAGUUAGACCAAUCUCUUGUUUCCCGCCCUUGCAUUUGGAGUUUGUAGGUCACAAGCAUAAGCCACACAACAUGUUAAUAUCAUUAACUGUGGGUUCUUGUGAAGUGUAAUGUGCACUGGCUAUAUAAACACAUGGAAUAAAGAAACCACCUGUAAAUAAUCCUUUUUUUAAAAAAAGAAAUGUUUCUGACUUCUAAAGUGCUUGUAUAGCUUUUACAACGGCUUUAAACCUGACAGUACCAGACUGUUUGUUAGAUAUGUUUAUUUCAAAAAAGGGAGGGUUGGGGGGAGUUAGAAUGGAUAUCAAGCAAUAUCUGUCAGUGUCUGUAUUUUUUUUUUAUUGGCAUUUAACUGUGAACAAAUUAUCAGCUUGACAAAAUAGUGACACUUCUGACACUAUUUGUUUGAAAAAGAAAAUACAUGAUCUCUUUAUCUUUAUGUAUCUAAUCCAGUGUUUACCUUUGGCACCCAUCUGUCUUUGAAGGUGCCAAAUUGAUUUUGAAUGAUGUGGGAUAAAAUAAUACAGCCAGAUGCAGAUUUGUGAAAGUCGAUUCAUUUUAUGCACCUCAGUAUUGAUCCCAGACUCCUGGACCUCUUGUGGCAUUGAGCAUUUAAAAAAAAGAGGAUUUAAUAUGUUAAUUUUUUAUGUGUUAAUAAAUAAUGUAAUGAAAUCCUAUCCCCUUAUUUUUCCUUAUUGGUUUAAUCUGCUGUAUCAAUAAAAUUCUGUAACUGAAUUUUUAAUAGUCUAGUAUGUCAAUGUGUAUAUUUCCUCUUGAACAUUAUGUUCACAAAGAGCAAAUUAUUACAUUAUAAUAAUAUGAAACCUGAUACCUGAACUUUAGUGAAAAAGCAGGUUUUAUAACCAUGUAAAAAUCAGAAGGAAAAUUUUAUUGAUGCAGUCUGUCUUUAUAAAGCUGUUCUUUCUUCAGAGCCAAGUGUUUUGUAUUUCACAGUGAGUUGCAUGUUUAUGAGAAAAAUGUAAUGAAAUUGCAAUGUAAUUUUUUAAGUCUUAUCUGGCUGUAGGAUAUGCUACCUUGCCUCAUGAGAAGAACGUUCUACCAAGAGUUUAUUGUACUUUCUUCUUUGUUAACCAAAAUUUUUAUUUUUGUGAGUGAGGUUAUGGGCAGUUAGGGGGUGGGACCUAGGAGGGCCGUGUUUUCAUUUGAAUGAUCAGCUGCAGAAUAUUCCAAUCAGGGUAUUCAGAAUCUGUAUGAAGCUUCACUUUAUGUCCUACCUUAAAGUGGUUGAACUUUGUUUCUGGAGUAAAAUUACAAAAAAGGAAAAGAAAAGAAAAACAACUAGGGGGAAACUCCUUAAGGCAUUGUCCUGUAUGCAGUUUUACAAACUGUCUUUGAACCAAAAUGUAUAGGUUGCUAUUUAUGCUUAGCCAAGCACACUUCAUAGUUUAACAUGCUGUUUUCCUCCUGCUUACUAGCAGUAAAUGUAAAAGAAUCUAAUUUUAACUUAUUAAUAUUUUAUCUCAUGGAAUAAUGGGACAUUGUCAUAAAAUUAACAAAAGGCAUCCUUUUAAGUUAUAAUUCCAAGGAAGUGUAUGCUGGGGAAGGGAUGUGAGACAUCAUGGUAGUUUGCAAACAUGUUUGCAAGUAUAUUUUUCAGAAGUGAUUCAACUUUUUUCUAAGCUUUUUUAUUAUAUAAUUUGUAUUGAUUUGUAUUAUUAUUCAGCAGCAGCAAUAGACAAAGCCAGACAGUUUGUGUUGAUCAAGCUGUUCUGUUUAAGUGCUUUUUGUAGUAGCUCUUUUAGCUAGUAAUUACUGUUCUUCAGCUGUCCUAUAUUUUUAUGCCCGUAGUUCUGGGUAAACAGCUGUCUGAAAACAUUAGCUGAAGGUGGCUCAGAUGACUUAGAAACUUCCCUAGCACAAAGUAACUUCAGUGGUUCACAAAGUUUAGCAGUGCAAAUGAGAGUUUUUAUAUCCUAGGGGGGUGGGAAAAGGAAGUUAGCACCACAUUUUCUUCACUGACAAUAUUGCACUGACAACAUUUACGGAGUAUAUAUCUUAAGAUCAUUUUAUACAAAGUAUGGAACAGAUAUUGAAACUACUUGCAGACUGUUGAAGAUUUAUUUGCAUGAACAUAGUUUGGUCAUAUUUCCAUUAAUAUUGCUGCACAUCCGUUAAUCAUAAAAUGCCAAUGUUUAAAUUUAAUCUAUAGUUUUGCAGUUUAAAUGUUCAUUUCUUGCAUUUUAAUGUGUAAUUGGGAAAACAGGUGCAGAUGACAAUGUUUAUAAACCUUUUAGGUUUUAUCCUCAUCAUACACGUAUAAUGAAUAUCUUAUGUACUAACACUUUGAGAUCUGCAUACAGUAGCUGCAGUAAAAUAAUGUAUAAAGAGACUAUACGCUAAGAUUCAGUUAGCGUGCUCUUCAAUUAUGUUCAGUUUAUAGUAUGUACUGUAUAACAUUAAACAGUCAAAUUGAA